AAUUCUUGCCAUAGUUAUGGACAGAAGUUGCAAUCUGCUCUGUGCUCUUGCAAUUCUCAUUCUACUACAUCAAAAUGCUUCACUUGCUAAUAUUAGCACUGAUGAAGCUGCUCUUCUUGCACUGAAAUCGCACAUUUCUCCUAGUCCUAACAACAUAUUAGCAACAAACUGGUCUUCUUCCAGCCCGGUUUGCAGCUGGAUUGGAGUCACUUGCAGCUCCCGCCACCAUCGAGUCACUGUAUUAGACAUUUCUAGGAUGCAACUACAUGGUACCAUUCCUCCACACCUUGGAAACCUCUCAUUUCUUGUUUCCCUCGACAUUAGUGACAACACUUUCCAUGGUGCUUUGCCAGAAGAGUUGGCUCAUUUGCGGAGGUUGAAAUUGAUUAAUGUCACAAGCAAUAACUUCACAGGAGCCAUUCCAUCAUUUUUAAGUUUAUUACCAAAACUACGGUCUGUGUACCUCUCUAGAAACCAAUUUUCAGGGAAAAUUCCCUCUUCCAUUUCCAAUAUAACAAAGCUGGAAGUGUUGAUCUUGGGGAGUAAUUUUCUCGAAGGAGAGAUCCCUCAAGAAAUCGGUGAUCUUCGUUACAUGGCUUUGUUAGACCUGGAAUAUAAUCAGCUUAGAGGCUCUAUACCACCAUCAAUCUUUAACAUUACGACAAUGAAGUUCAUUGCUCUUACUGGUAACAAUCUUACUGGAAAGCUCCCAAAAACUAUAUGUGACCAUCUUCCAAACUUGGAAGGCCUUUACCUCGCAACAAACUCCCUAGAAGGAGUUAUUCCACCAAACUUGGAGAAAUGCAGAAAACUUCAAUUCUUGGGAUUAGCUGCUAAUGAGUUAAUUGGAACUGUACCAAGAGAGCUAGCCAACUUAACAGCUCUUAGAGUAUUAGCACUUAAAGCACAAUACUUGGAAGGAGAAAUACCAGCGGAGCUAGGAAAUCUUAAGAAACUACAGUGGCUGAUAUUAGGCCAGAAUAGGUUUACUGGUUCUGUCCCUGCAAGCAUUUUCAACAUUUCAACACUGCAGUUCCUAGAACUUGCACAUAAUAAGCUCUCAGGUACCCUACCUUCAAAUUUAGGUCGUGGAAUGCCGAGCCUAGAAGAACUUUAUAGUGGAAAAAAUAAUCUGAGUGGUUUUAUUGCUGAUUCAAUCUCAAAUUCUUCAAAACUCAGAUUAGUUGAUCUCGCACACAACAGUUUCACAGGUCCAAUUCCUGAAUCACUUGGUAACUUAGAAUACCUUGAGAAUCUAAACUUGAACGGGAAUAGUUUUUCCAGUGAUUCAGCAUUGACCUUCCUUACAACAUUGACAAACUGUAAAAAUCUAAGAAUACUCUGGUUUGCUGAUAAUCCAUUGGAUGGUGUCUUGCCUGCAUCCAUUAGUAAUUUCUCCAACUCCCUACAUGAAUUUAAGGGAAAGAAUUGUAAACUUAAGGGCAUCAUUCCUGAAGGAAUUGGUAAUCUUACUGGAGUGACAAGGAUGGAUCUGCGUAACAAUGAGUUGACCGGACAUAUUCCAAUUACUGUCCAAAGCAUGUUGAACCUUCAAGAAUUUUACCUUCAGGGCAACAAGAUUCAAGGAAUCAUACCAGAUGUUAUGUGCAGUUUAAAGAAUCUCGGUGCAUUAUACUUGUCAGAAAAUCAAUUUUCAGGUUCCAUGCCACCAUGCUUAGGAAAAAUUUCCAGUUUGAGGUAUCUGAAUCUAGCUUACAACAGGCUGGAUUCAAGAUUACCUGCAAGCUUGGGGAGCCUUCAAGAUCUCAUAGAAUUCAAUGUUUCAUCCAAUUUCUUAAGCGGGAAAAUUCCCCUUGAAAUUGGAAACUUAAAGGCUGCAACACGCAUUGAUCUGUCAAAAAACAAUUUUUCUGGUAAGAUUCCGAGCACUCUAGGGGGUCUAGAUAAAUUGAUUAUUUUUUCCCUGGCAUACAAUAGACUAGAAGGGCCUAUUCCAGAUUCAUUUGGCAAAAUGUUGUCAUUGGAAUUCUUGGAUUUGUGCUAUAACAACCUUGGUGGUGAAAUUCCAAAGUCUUUAGAAGCUCUUCUUUAUCUCAAAUACCUGAACGUCUCAUUCAAUAAACUAAGUGGAAAGAUUCCCACUGGUGGUCCUUUUGCAAAUACCACAGGUCAAUCAUUCUUGUCCAAUGAUGCACUCUGUAGUGAUUCUACGUCUAAUGUAUCAUCAUGUGUUGUCAUCCAAUCUCCAAAGAGGAAAAAGAAAAUCUUGAUUUUGUACAUCAUUUCGGGAGUGGGUCUGUUAUUUCUUGUAUUAGCCCUUGCAUAUGUAUUUGGAAGAUUGCGAAAGACAAAGAAGAAUACAGGUCAAGCAGUUGUGUCUCUAGCAAGAGAGCAUGGAAGAAUUUCCUAUUAUGAAAUUGAGCAGGCAACAGAAGGAUUCGAUGAAAGCAACUUGCUUGGUAAAGGGAGUUAUAGCAUGGUAUACAAGGGGAUACUUAAGGAUGGUACCCUUUUCGCAGCAAAGGUAUUCAAUGUGCAAUUGGAGGGUGCUUUCAAAUGUUUUGACACAGAAUGUGAAAUACUCCGCAACCUUCGCCACAGAAAUCUGAUCAAAGUCAUAACGAGCUGCUCCAACCAUGAUUUCAAAGCCCUGGUGCUAGAAUACAUGCCCAAUGGGACACUUGAUAAAUGGUUAUACUCUCACAACUUGUUCUUGAACUUAUUGCAGAGAUUAGAUAUAAUGAUAGAUGUCGCAUCUGCAAUGGACUAUCUCCACAAUGGCUAUUCAACACCUGUGGUGCAUGGUGACUUGAAGCCAAGCAAUGUCUUGCUAGAUAAAGAUAUGGUUGGUCACGUCAGUGAUUUUGGCAUUGCAAAAUUGUUAGGUGCAGGGGAAGCUUUUGUUCAAACAAGGACAAUUGCAACUAUUGGAUAUAUUGCUCCAGAGUAUGGACAAGAUGGAAUAGUAUCCAUGAAAUGCGAUGUUUAUAGUUUUGGUAUCCUGAUUAUGGAGACAUUUACUAGAAUGAGACCAAGUGAUGAAAUAUUUACUGGAGACUUGAGCAUACACUGUUGGGUUAGUGAUUCCUUCCCAAGUGGGAUUCAUAAGGUGGUGGACUUUAAUUUGAUAGAGUCAGCGGAUGAACAAAUUGAUACAAAGAUGCAAUGUUUGUUAUCUAUCAUGGAAUUAGCUAUAAGCUGCACCGUAGUGUCACCUGAUGCAAGAAUUAGAAUGGAAGAUGCUCUUUCAACACUUAAAAAGAUUAGACUCCAGUUUGUCAGUAGUCUAGGUGGAAUAUAAUUGAACGAUAGUCUCUUGUAUGUUGUUUGAUUAUCAAUGCUGGUUGUGUUAAGGUUUCAGCUGAGCACAAGUACUUUAGUGUUUUCCAACAAUUAUUGAGGGCCACUUUUUAUGUACUUCAAAGACAGGAGUUCGUUGAAUCAAGAAUUUGUAACAAGCAACUCAUUUCUUUGAUCUAUGUAAUUUACCAAAGUCAACAGGCUAAAGUACGAAUGAGUUUAUCCACUCUUUCGCAGCAAAAGCUACGAGAUGAACUGUG